AUGGAAAAUUUCAACGAAAAUCAAACUCAUGAGAUAGACGGGCAGAAGAAAUUGAUCAAGGAUCUUGGUAAGAAAGUUAUAGACACCAACUCAAACUCAAGUGCAGGCCUUUGGACUUACGGUAAUGUGAAUCAAGCGAAGAAGUUUGGGGACGUUUUCGAUGAUAUGGUAUGUAAUUUCUCCAGUUUCGCUUUAAAAGCAGAAGAUCUUUUUUGUUUUGGUGAGGAACGCUCUCCUCCCGGUGGUGAAAACCUCAUUGACCACAUCAACCAAGCAGGCGACAAAUACAAUGUCGCAAACUGUCUACUAUUUUUAACGGGCAGCAAGGAGGAGAAGCCGGUCUGGAAAAUCGACCCCAUUUAUGAUUACAACAGGAUUGUGAUCAUCAGCUUGCAAGGGUCGGAACCAACGGAGCCUCCGGAAGCAUUCAAUGGCACUUCAUCAACAAUGAUCACAACCAGAGUGCAGUCUACAACAGCCUUUAUCCAUCCGAGUGUCUCGACUUCAUCACAAACUAAAUUUUUUAUUAACACUACUAAAACGCUUCACUCAACGACGACCCGUAAAUCUACUCAAAAGCCAACAGCACCAAUCCACUGCAUGUUUGUUGGGGACGUAUUCAAUCUAAGCAACGACACAACGACCAGCCCGAUUAAUUACGAAGAUGAAAGAGCGAUGCUUGACCAAGCGGGCGAAUUGCUGCUCGAAAAACGAGGAAACACUGCAGGAAUUUGGGCUUAUGGUCACGUCAAUCACACCGACAAUUUUUAA